GAAUACACUUCAAGUGUUAUCCCCCUUAAGAGUGAGCAGGGUAUAGUGAUGCUCACUUUGGAAUGGAAUUGACUCAUUAUGAAAGCUCCACGUUGAGCCUGCUGCUGUGCGCACGCGAGAGAAUGAACUGGUUGGAUAGGAUGAAGACGCGCAGCCCGCGUGGGAACGGCACGGGUUAGUUUGCACCGGCGAGCUCCACUCGCGCGUCAGCAAGACUUCUUACAAUUGUCGUCACAUUCCUCUCACAGGACAACAUUUAUCCGCACGCGCGCAAAAUCCGAACGCCGAUUUCUCUUAUCUGCGCGCAGUAACGCCUCCUCGCUGUCAUAUAGGGGCUACAUGUGAACGCAUUGCUGUUGACCGAUGGGACGCAAGAGGGUCACUCUCUGUGUGAGGAAGCAACGUGAAGAGGAUCCGACGUGUUUACAAGGAACGAAUCGUUUUGGAGAAGAAACAGAGCAAUUAGUGACAGUACUCUCAGAAAAGUUGAGUUCCAGUUGCAGGGGAGCAGUUCGAAACGCUUCUCAUAUCUAAUAUCAAACAGGGAACACUGACUGGACCGAGUGUUGCGCGUGACUUGGAUCGUGUCUGAAUAAACACCUGCCUCCGAAGACCUUAAGAAUUAAACCUGACAGAAGAUUAUUUACCGAGGAUUAAGCGUUCAUUUGAAUCACUAAAUAAUAAGGAUAUAUCCUCCUGUGUUAUUAAUAACUCACCUGGAACUGGGUGAAAAUGAGACAGUGGUUCAAAUACACGCAGAAUUCAUCCGUUUAUUUCCAGUUGUGAGCGCUGCCCUGACCAUCCUUUGGGUGCAUAUCUGUUGUUUUUCAAACAGAGGUCUGUCCCCCCGGAGCAGAGCAUCCGGACAGCUGCAUCUGGAGCAAAGAGCUCUGUGCUUGUUUGAAGGUUUCUGCAGAAAAACACUGGAGCAAUGAAACGCAUUCUCCAUCCACAGGUGUUGACCAUCUGGAUUACGCUAAUCUCCAGGGCCACCGCUGACCUGACCUGCGACGCUCUGCUCCUGCUCUCCACAAAUCUUACAGCUCGCACUUUGAUCUUGUGGAAUCAGACGUCUAGUCCCACCAAUUCUACAGGUUUGUUCUGUAACACUUCGAUUGAUGGCAUUGGGACAUGCUGGCCCAGGAGCAGUGCUGGAGAAGUGGUGUCCCGUCCCUGUCCAGAGACCUUCCUCGGAGUCCGUUACAACACCACCAAUAACGUGUACAGAGAAUGUCUUGCCAAUGGCACCUGGGCGAAGAAGGGAAACUACUCCCAAUGUCAGGAAAUCCUCAAUGAGGAGAAGAAGAGCAAGCUGCAUUACCACAUUGCAGUCAUCAUAAACUACCUGGGACACUGUAUCUCUCUGGGAGCCCUGUUGGUCGCCUUCAUCCUCUUCAUGAGACUCAGGAGUAUCCGGUGUCUGAGAAAUAUCAUCCACUGGAACCUGAUUACAGCAUUUAUCCUGCGAAAUGCCACCUGGUUCGUGGUGCAGCUCACUAUGAACCCAGAGGUGCAUGAAAGCAAUGUGAUCUGGUGCAGGCUGGUCACAGCAGCGUAUAAUUAUUUCCAUGUGACCAACUUCUUCUGGAUGUUUGGAGAGGGCUGCUAUCUGCACACAGCCAUAGUACUGACAUACUCCACCGACAAACUGAGGAAAUGGAUGUUCAUUUGUAUAGGCUGGUGUAUUCCAUUCCCCAUUAUCGUCGCUUGGGCCAUUGGCAAGCUGUACUAUGACAAUGAAAAGUGCUGGUUUGGGAAGCGGGCCGGCAUUUACACUGAUUAUAUUUAUCAGGGGCCCAUGAUCCUGGUCCUGCUGAUUAACUUCAUUUUUCUCUUCAACAUUGUGAGGAUCCUGAUGACUAAACUGAGGGCCUCCACCACCUCAGAGACCAUUCAGUACAGGAAAGCAGUAAAGGCCACACUGGUUCUUCUGCCGCUGCUGGGCAUCACAUACAUGCUGUUCUUCGUCAACCCAGGCGAAGAUGAGAUCUCACAGAUUGUCUUCAUCUACUUCAACUCUUUCCUAGAGUCCUUUCAGGGCUUUUUUGUGUCAGUGUUCUACUGCUUUUUGAACAGUGAGGUACGCUCAGCCGUUCGUAAGCGGUGGCACCGCUGGCAGGACAAGCACUCCAUUCGAGCACGGGUGGCACGGGCCAUGUCUAUACCCACCUCUCCAACACGGGUCAGUUUCCACAGCAUCAAGCAGUCGUCGGCCGUCUGACCAUAACUGAAGUGAAGCACCUGUCCCCGUUUCUUCUGCUCCCGCUCUUUCUGUCCUCAGCCAACCAUCCACAUCCUCUGCAAAACCCAGGGAUAACAGCUAUGGGCCAAACAGGGUAUGAUCCUGAGCUGAAACAUAGAUGAAGGGUGGAAAUUGACUGAGAUAAUGAGGUCCACCUGCCAAACACAGAGGGAGAAAAACUGUUUCAGAAACAGAUUAGAGCACUGGUGUUCUCAGACAGCAAUGGGAGACCAUGGGAGGAAUCUGACACAUACACAAAAAAGGCUGUUAAAUACUGGCAGAGUGUAUUUAUUCAAUAGACAGAGUUUGUCGCAUCCUGUUCUCAAUUCUUCUCUCAUUGAAGAGCUCAGAUUAUUCCUAACUAUCAGAGUAAGAUACUAUAUGAUAUACACUACAGUAGAUGGCCAAAAGUAUUACGAUUGUUAGCCAUACAUGUGUCUGAAUGGGAUCAAAUCCAUAUUCCAACAUCUACUGGAAAUCUUCCCAGAAGAUUGGAAGCUGUUAGGGAGGAUAAACUCUAUUUAUGCCAAAUAGUUUGGGAAUUAAUUGCUUCUGGCCAUAUAUUAAUUAAUUGCUUUUGGCCAUAUAGUGCAAUAGUUUUAGGAUUUUUAAAACAAAAUGACGUAAUCAUAAAAAACCCCACCAGUUUUCCAAUUGGAAAACAAACAGUAUCUUUAACAGAUCUCAAUGCGAACUUUCAUUAUUGUGAUUGAAUCUUCUGGCUGGAUAAAUUGGGGACAAAUGUUUGGCGUUUUCUCCGAGAUGU